AUGGCUGCGGCUGCCGCGGGCGCGCCCGUCCCGCGGGGCCCGCUGGUCCUGCCCGUGCCCCUAGGCGCCAAUGCCGUCGGCACUGACAAGGAGCUGGAAGAUCUCAUGAAUCAACUCCUAAGUCUUGACUAUGACAUUUUGACAGGUGGUUGCGUAUUGCAUUGGGUAACCGCUCUGGAACGGAUAGUCAAUAUCUUGCCAGUGCAAGAUAAGAUGGGACCUGAUUUUGAAAGAGAGAAACAUAUUGAUAUGCUACUUUGCUUCCCGCACUGUAAUAGACGGAGAGUCUUCCUGGACCUAGUGAAUGAUGCGUUCACAGCGACGGUGCGCGCGAAACGCAUGUCUAACGGUGACUCCCGCGGCGAUGACAUGUCGACGGGCGAUGUCAGUUUGAGCAACGCAGACAAUGCCCCAGAAGUCUCGGCUUAUCAACACAUAAAACCCGUGAUUGAAGACCGAGGCGCGAAGGUGUGUGAACAAUCGAACGAUCAUGCCAAAGGCGAGGUCGUAAUCCACAAAGAUGCACCUGUCGAAAUCCCUUGUGAUAUAAACGAAUAUGGUAAAAAGUGCAACGAGACGACGCUGCAAAGUGAACUUAACAGCCAACCACUGCACUCUGCUGGCACAGUGACAUCGCUCAUUGCAUCGGAAGAACCAAAAGACCGAAACAUGUACGGUUUUCGGUGCCUUCGAAAGAUGUCAACGGGAAACUCAAAAAUUGUCGAGCCAGCUUCCAUUUCUGAGACUAAUCGUGAUUCGCGCAUGUCACAGCUCGAGAAUUCAACACAAGCCUUGCCUCUGACAGGCACCACACUGGGCAGCAUCAAAUCUGAGACUCCCAUCCUGGCACCAUCAACACCCUCACCAACACUCGUGGGCCGUGUGACUUGACGAAAACAUCUAAGUUUGAAUACAAGUACAAGUUGGGGAAGUCUGAUGCACCUGAUAACUCGCUCCUACCACGAUCUGGUGGAUAUAUGGGAUACUUCUGUCUGCAAGUACCAGGGAAGACUUCGCCUGUCAAAGUUAUAGAAAAUUCUAUGUCUUUGACAUUCGUGCCAAACACAGCUGGUGAACUGAACAUACGAGGUCAAGGG